AUGUCGAUCGGUGAAAAGUGUGAGUCUGACCAUCCACUCAAGAUCUUUGAUGUGGCUAGGAAACAGGAUCGUUUCUUAUAUGCUCUUGCGCCUAUGGUUCGAUAUGGAAAGUUGGCAUUUCGACAAACAGUCCACAAAUACGGAGUUGACCUGUGUUGGUCUCCUAUGAUCCUUGCCAAGGAGUUUAAUCGAAGUAGUUUUGCCCGAGACAGCGAUUUGACCAUCUCUACUACACCCAAGCAACCACCAACUAUCGUCCAGUUUGGCGCAAAUGUUCCCCUGGAACUUGCUCGUGCAUCAGCUCUCGUCGCCCCUUACACCCAAGGUGUCGAUCUCAACUGCGGAUGUCCACAGUCCUGGGCUUGUGCCGAGACGUUGGGUGCUGCAUUGAUGAACCACCGUGAGUUGGUAAGGGAUAUGGUGGUUGAGACUCGGCAGCGUUUAGCUAGUGAUGGAUGGGGUGUUGGCCUCGAAAAGGACAUCGACAGUCCCAAAGGCCGAAGUGUGAGUGUGAAAAUCAGGAUUCACAACGAUCUCAGGCAAACCAUGGACUUUAUAGACACCGUGAUAGGUCACCCACAAAACCGCCAGAUCGACUGGAUCACCAUUCACCCACGGACAAGAUCAACCCCAUCAACCACACCUAUCAGGACCGAAGCCCUCGAGAUCUUGACAGCCAAGUACUCGAAAACUCUCCCAAUACUUCUUUCAGGAGAUGUUUUCGACCUCAGCACUCUCCCCUUCCAGCCCACCAUCACCACCAAUAACGACUCUCCCCUCCCCUCGCUGGACAAACUUGUUCUCAACGAUACCAACUCCGCUGUGAACAUGCCAUGCCCUAGUAACACUCACCUCUCUGGAUUCAUGUCCGCCCGUGGUCUCCUUGCUAACCCAGCCAUCUUCGCUGGCUACUCGGCUUGCCCAUGGGAAGCCGUUGAAACCUUCAUGUGCAAGGUUGCAAAGGCCCCUGUACCAUUCAAGCUGGUACAACACCACGUUAUGGAAAUGACAGCGCCAGGCAUGGGGUCUGACAAGGCAUCGCUUCUAGAUAAGAAAGAGCGCGCAGAACUCAUGAAGUUGGCCAACACUUGUGAGAUCAUGGACUUCCUCGAUGAGAAGAUUGAGCGGAAGACGGGGAGAGCUGGUGGCAUGAGACGAGACCUAUGAACCACUUCUCCGUAUCACAUCACUAAAAGUCCUUGGACUACGGGAAAGAGAGCACGGUAUCUCAUUCAAUGCAUUCAUGGCUACAAAAAAAUCAACUCUCUGCAGCCCAUUCUACAGAGUUUUCCUUGAUCCGCCUCUUGCACCAACGCUCAAAGACCACUCAAAACGCUCUGGAUGCCCACUGUCCCCGAGUCAUCACGCCUCUGCACAAACGCCCUAAAAUCUGCUCUGGACAGUUUCCCCCUUAUGCCCGAUGCCGCCAGUGUUCGUGUCUUUUCGCGGAGUGCUUCGGGGCCGACGAUAAAGAGAGAACCAAUCUCAGUGAGCAUUUCGACAGCGGAGCCAACCUCCUUGGUCAAUGGCCACUCGCGCAUUGUGGAAACGUACUUUGCGAUAUCUUGCGUGACCAUCAGACCUCCUGUGGCAUUGACCUGGAACUUCUUGAAGUGCUCAAAGAGCAGCUUCAGAAUCACCAGAGCAAGUUCAGUAAAGAACUUUUCUGAGUUUUGGCCGUCGAUAGCUUGACGAGCGAGACGCUGGACGCGGGCUAGGAAAGUACAGAUGCUCAGACACGUCUGUGUCUGCAAUGAGUCGAGCUCGACCUCUUUUGGUCGGAAGUCCUGCUUCCGCUGACCAGCUAAGGACUUGGUCACCCAGUUGGAUACAACGUCGAUAGUGCCCUUGAUGACAUUGUUUGUCUUCUUCUCAAUGUUACCAAUGGCCGCCCUCUUCUGCGCCUCCAUGCUACGCCUGACUGUUGUGUUUGAUUCCGCAAGCCGGAUGAGCACGACUGUGAUGAAUCGAUCCAUGAGGCUUGUGAUUGUGACAGCCGGCUGUAUCGUUGGCAAGUAAGAUAAAUCAGGCUCUGUCUUUGUGUUCUCCUGCACAGAGACUUGGUCAAGGGCAGCGUCGAGAGUUGUCUCGAUGUAUACCUGGCCCAGGCUCGUCAAGAGCAGGUUCAGGAGAGUAUUGACAUCCUUGGGAGUAUCGGUCUGUGUUCCGAGUUCAAGAGUGCGCUGGACGCUCUCGGCUAACCACUUGAGCAUGCGCUUGGCAUUAGCAACGCUCAAAGCGCCGUCCUCCUCCGAGACCUCGAUCUCGUUCUUGUUAUCCUUGUCCUUAUCUUGAACGCCAGCAACACGCAGCAUCAUUUUCUUCUGUGUGCUUGUGAGUUCUGACGAGUCGAGACGCUCGAUAUAAGCAUCCUUUGCGGAGGCAAUCAGUUGUGUGCCUUGCUGGGCCAGUGAAGCCAUGAAACCAGUCGGCGCCUUUUUCCGCCUGGAAUGGUAUAUACUGUACUUGAAGAGCAGGGAGCUGUACAUUUCUUCCAGACUCUUCCGCUCCCGCUCGAUGUACGAGUUGCCUAUCAUAUAUGGCACAAAAAGCUCUUCCAUCUGCUGGUCGAGUGUGUGUGCUAUUUGGGCGGAGCAAGGCUCGGGGUGUUCUGUCAAGCCAUGGGACUUGAGAUCUUCGACCAAUGACCCUAGAUAAGUUCUUGAGGAGUGCAAGGCUCUCAAGAAAGCUAAGGAAGAGAUUUUGAGAGUUUCAUCCAAUACCAUUUCGAGCCUCUGUUGGAUUGACUGCUGAAAUAUUCGUUGAAUGAACUUGAUAAGCACUGUUUCGUAGUACGGAAAGAUGAGUUUGAUCUGGUUGGACUCGUCUUGCAUAACGAUCUUGAUCUCGUCCAAGAGGUUCUGCAGGCUCGGUUCUACCGUUGGCGGCUCCGAGUCAGGAUCUGCCAGCUGUUCCCAUGUGUCGCUAUCCACCUGAACCUCGUCGGCCAGGAGUUGAUCGCGAUCCAGGAAGAAGGCAUGCUGAUUGACAAAGGUCGCAAUGACACUGGCACCUCCGUUGAAGUCGUAAAGAACCUUUGCACAUUCCAUCAUAUCGCUAUAGUUGCCCUUUUUGUUGCUGUUUUCGAACUGCUGAAGCAGAUCCUGCUCGAGCGUCUCGCAGAACUUCUCCAAGACUUCCCUGGUGUUGUGUAAUCUUAUAUUUCCAACCACACCAUUCGUUUGUCCUCCGUUUCGCUGGCCGUUCGUCUGCCCCCAUGAUGUUGGAUCAAGUCGCUGGCUGAUGCGCAUGAGUUGUCGAACAAUCAUUGCGCACCGUACUUUGUGCUCAGAACCAGCCUGUCUUUGAACGUCUUGUAGGAGUGAUAGCUUUCCCGUCUCGCUGACCUCCGUCCAGCACUGAAUCAGAAAUAUGGCAUCGUUCGCACGCCGUCGUUUCUUGUCCAGGUCCUCGAGCUUCUCGCCGAUUUGGAGCGCUAUGUUGCCGCCAGCGUGUGUUUUGAUGCCGACUCCGGUUUUAAAAGAAUGUUCUUGGUUGAGGGAUAGAUCUAACUGUUCGAACGCCCUCAUGGACUCGUCGAGCUUCUGGCCUAGGGUCUCGAGUGUUGAAUCAUGGGCUACCUCUGCGCGGCGCACAUGCGACAUAAGCUCCGACUCCUUCUCCUGGAGUUCAGCUCCAAGCGAGCCUAGUUGAUCAAGGGCAUCUAACAGCUCGAGUCAGCACGAUUGGCUCUGAAUAUACGAGCCUGAAAGCGUAUGUCGGUCAUACUUUCAAAUGUUCGAAUCAGGGGUUUUGGGUCGAAAGGUGUUUGCGCACUCCCUGACCGGCGAUUCGAGGGCACGGCGCUCUCAGCUAGGCUAUCGACAAAGUCACGCACAAUAAAGUCCUUGUUGGAGAAGUCGUCCAGAGUGAAGCUUGGCCCUCUCGGGAAGAGAGUCUUGGGGCCGGAAGCGGUGCGCUCCAUGUUGUUGUUUCUGAUGAGCGUAGAGGCGCUACAUGUGGAGCGGGAUCACCGACAGUCGAUACGUGGAAGAGGAGGAACGUGGAAGAGGGGGAACGUGGCAGUAGUGUGAGGAAUGUCUGUAGCGCAGUCUGUACUGUUUUCUCUCGCCGUCGAUCUCGUUUCGUUGUCGGUCGUCAAGGGGUCAUGGCAUUGUGUUGUAGGGCGAUCGAU